AUGACCAAAGAAGACCUUUUCGAUGCUGGAUUGUUGAAGGAAAACCAGGUCAAAGGAACGAAUAUGGCAAAUUUCGGGAAAUUACAAAGAAAACUCAAAGGAAAAGAAUUGGUAAUAAACAUCAAAAUUUACAACAACUUUGAUGCAAAAUCAUUCGAGGAAAGUGAUGACCAAGAACUAAAAGCGGAAUUUACAAAGUUUCAAGAUUGGUAUUGUGCCAACAUUGAAAAAGUCGAAGAAGUUACAAACAGGUUGGAAAGGGAAGAAAGGGCUGAUGCUAAUGAGACGAUACGUACUCUCGUUAAACAAGUGAGAUUAACAAGUACGGAUCAAACAGAAGCAACAGAUAUCGCUGAAGAUUACAGCAGUAGUGAAAUUGUUAAAGAAAAGAGAGCAACCGCCAUUCAACACAGAAAACACAUAAAGGCUUUAUUCAAAAAAGAAGCAGAAGAUUUCUUAAAAAGUUGCCCAGUCAAAAAAUUGACUUUGAACAGUGUGUUUGCUUUGAUGAGUCAAGAAAAAAAGAAUCAAUUCCCAUGUUUAUUUAAUCUUGUGAAAAAGAUGAAUGCUAAGAUUCCACUUGUCCAGUUGAAAGAUCUUUUAAUAAAAUUGGACAAUUUGAUAGAGCAAACACGAGUUAUGAAAAAAGUUGCUUACAUGGAUGUCGGGGAUGCUCUGAAAAACUAA